AGCUGUGGUAUGCUCCCCACCCUGGGAUAAACAGCACAGCAGAGCCCACAAGCUAAAUUUUAUCUCAGAAUCACAGCAGCAACUUGUACAGCCUUAUUCUUCACCUCCAACCAUACUGCAUUCACUCCACGUCCCAUCUAUGCUUCUGAUACACACCAACAUGCACCUCCAUUCUGUUCAUCCCCAAACACCCUCACAGAAAAAGCACCAACUUCAACAGUCUUUAUUCAGCUUCCCGACUCACGAAGUCAUUUACACUCCCCCAUUCACUUUUUUUUAUAACAAGAAGACAAAUCAAUGCUCAAUCACUUCAUUUUCAAACUUUGAAUUCCUCCCUCCUCCUUUCUCUCUUCUUCUUCUUCUUCUUCUUCUUCUUCUUCUCUGUAGCUAUCACUCUAGUUUCUCUAAAAUGGGGUGCGUCUCCUCCUCGUUUCUUGAAGACGAGGAGAGAAUAGUCCGGCCAGCACUUAGCCACCACAUUGUGUCUCUCACCUCCACCACCUACGGUCUCCUCACCACUCUUGACCACUCAACAGUCCCUCCAACCCCUUCACCUCCCACUCCACCACCUCCACCUCCUCCAGUGCCACCAUCUUUGCCCCAUCUUCCACUCCGUCCAGAGCCAGAGAUCAUCAACUCAUGGGAGCUCAUGGCAGGCCUUGACUUCUCCACUCCUACUAACACCCCCAUCCCUAGACGCCUUCCGAGCAAGCAACACACUCACACUCACUCUCACUCUCACUCUCGUUCUAACUCCCAGUCUCACCGAGCGCUGUUUGUCAUGGAUCAACCACUGAAGCUUGAGAAGAACGAGCACCCAGUGGUGCUCUAUACAACCACGUUGCGUGGCGUGCGUAAGACUUUUGAGGAUUGCAAUGCGGUGCGCUCUGUCCUGCAUGGGCUUGGAGUGGCAGUGAAGGAGAAGGACGUGUCAAUGGACUUGGGAUUUCUUGAGGAGCUGCGGAGGGUGAUGAAGGGGAGGAAUGAUGGUUUUGUGGUGCCGAGGUUGUUUGUGAAAGGAAGGUAUGUUGGUGGAGUUGAGGAGGUGAUGAGGUUGCAUGAAGAAGGAGGUCUAGCAAGGCUUGUGGAAGGGUUGCCCAAGGUGAAGGUUGGAGAUGUUUGUGAUGGAUGUGGUGGGGUUCUGUUCUUGCCCUGCUUUCAGUGCAGCGGGAGCAGGAAGGUGGUUGUGGUGGUGGAGGUGGGGAAAGCUGGUGGUGGUGGUGGUGGUGGGAAGGAGAAGGUAGUCAGAUGUCCUGAAUGUAAUGAGAAUGGAUUGGUUCUCUGUCCUAUUUGUUCAUAAGUUUUAUUACUGUCCAAUGUUUAAUCACUGCUUGUGAAAACAAUACCUCUGCUGCAUCUUCUGAAUCUGAAUGCUAAAUUCUGUUCUUUGAUGGUUGAGUUCC